GUUGUGAUUGGUCAUAACCUUUUCCGGUGAGGCAUCUUUCCGUCCAAGGACUGCGAAAGCUAGUGUUACGGAGUAAAACGAGGACAAACUCAUCGAAACAACACAGGUCAACAUGGCGUCCAGCAGUACGAACAGUGAAGAGGAGAGGAGUUUGCGGGAGUGUGAGCGCUAUGUGCAGAAGAACAACAUCCAGCAGCUGCUGAAGGACUGUAUUGUGCAACUGUGCACCUCUAGGCCUGAAAGGCCAAUGGCUUUCCUCAGAGAGUACUUUGAAAGGCUUGAGAAGGAGGAAGCUAAACAGAUCAUUAGCCAGCAGAAGUCGAGCUCUCGUUCAGACUCCCGUGAAGAUGAGGUCUCUCCUCCCAUGAACCCUGUGGUUAAGGGCCGGCGGCGCCGUGGUGCCAUCAGUGCAGAGGUCUACACUGAGGAAGAUGCUGCUUCCUAUGUCAGAAAGGUCAUUCCUAAAGACUAUAAAACUAUGGCUGCCCUUGCUAAAGCAAUUGAGAAAAAUGUGCUUUUUGCCCAUCUUGAUGACAACGAAAGAAGUGACAUAUUUGAUGCCAUGUUCUCAGUCACCUACAUUGCAGGAGAAACUGUCAUUCAACAAGGUGAUGAGGGUGAUAACUUUUAUGUUAUUGACCAAGGUGAAAUGGAUGUGCAUGUCAACAAUGAAUGGGUGACCAAUAUUGGAGAGGGUGGCAGUUUUGGUGAGCUGGCUUUAAUCUACGGUACACCCAGAGCAGCCACUGUCAGAGCAAAGACCAAUGUCAAGCUGUGGGGGAUAGACAGAGACAGCUAUAGGAGAAUACUCAUGGGAAGCACUCUGAGAAAGAGGAAAAUGUAUGAAGAAUUUCUUAGCAAAGUCUCCAUUUUGGAAUCUUUGGAUAAAUGGGAACGGUUGACUGUUGCUGAUGCCCUUGAGACAGUCAACUUUGAGGAUGGCCAGAAGAUUGUUGUGCAGGGUCAACCUGGAGAUGAAUUUUUCAUUAUCCUUGAGGGGUCUGCAGCAGUCCUGCAGCGACGGUCAGAGAAUGAGGAGUUUGUGGAGGUUGGAAGACUUGCUCCUUCUGACUACUUUGGUGAGAUUGCCCUGCUCAUGAACCGCCCUCGUGCUGCCACAGUGGUUGCUCGUGGUCCGCUGAAGUGCGUAAAACUUGACCGUCCCCGGUUCGAAAGGGUGCUUGGUCCCUGCUCAGAUAUCCUGAAGAGAAACAUACAGCAGUACAACAGCUUUGUGUCUCUGUCCGUCUGAGAUGCGCUAGGCUUUUUCCUCCUCUAUUGCAGGGUCCACCAAUGCAAAUCUGCUUUAAUUUCUUACUUUUCUUUAUGCAUUUUCCAACAAACAGGUGCCCUUUUACUUCAGUGUUCUCUCUCUGUCUGUUUUUCAAUUUGUCCUGUGCCCUGUCCCAUUUGUAUCCAUCAUAGAUUAUGGCUGUUUGUUUGUUUUGUCUGAGAAACGAGCCAGUUAUUGUGCCACAGAUGCCUGUCAUGUGAACAUAACAAAAAUGUAUCGGGGUUUUCUCUUGCCUCCAAAUUUCUUAAAGUUUCUCUGUAACAGUGUUUUGAAUGGAAGGAUAACUUUGUCAAGACGUGUGUCGUCUCAGUAUAUUAUAACGCAUCUUAAUGGAGCCAUUGAAAUUUUCAGAUUCAGUUUUCAUUUCAAGAUUUCAAAUAUAGGAAAGCCAAAGGCAAAGCCAUGCGCGUUAUGUUGUUUUCUUGAGGAUACUGAAGUUUAAAUGUCACCGUGUUUAACAUGGUCAUCAGCUUUGCUCUUUUAUUGUUAUAGCUGCACAUAUAUAGUGUAUUUAAAUGAUUAUAUAUUAGAAGUAAUUGACCAUAACCAUAUUUUUUGCACAGUUUGAUAUCUAUAUAUAUGCAUAAUGAACACUUUAUAUGCGCCUGCUGUUUUGCAUUGGGGAAACUGCUUUUUUUUUUCCUACUUGGUUGGACAUUCUGAUCUUCUUUCGUCCUCCAUGAGACAUGCACAGGCUUGCACUGGACUCUUUAUUUGGAGCAGACCAGGAUUAGUCAAAUUUCGUUUUAAAGUUACACUUUUUUUUUUUUUUCUGGAAUGCCCUCAGUUGCAAAUGCUUUUAAUUGUUUGUUUCACCCACAAUGGUAGUUAUUUUCAUUAAUUAAUUAUUUUGUUUAAUCAAAGAAAUUACGGUGGAUAUUAGUAAUGAAAGGUUAAGGUUAUAUUUGUUAACAUUGUGUUUAAUCGUUAAUAUCGGGAGCGCUACAGAAAUGUAACAGUUGGAGGAUGCUUGUAAAAACUGAGCUUUGUGACAGACUGAGAAUGUCAGCGUCCUCCUUUUAACAACAGUGAGUGACUACUUGGUGACCUUGGCCAACAGAUUUUUUCCCCUCUUAUUCCUCCAAUUAGAUUUUCUCUCUCUAUGAAAGUGUAUGUCAACCCCCCAAACCACAUGCAAAUAUGUGGAUAAUAGGCCAGGGCUAAAAAAUGUGCAAAUUGUUUCCAAAUAAUUUGUGUCCUUUUUUGUUUCAGAUUUAGAUUAUUUAUGCUACCCAUAAUGAAAUCAAAGUCUUAAAACAGGGACAGUAUUUACCGCUUGUAUUGAGUUCAUGCUGUCUGUAUGCCAUGAGAUAUGGGCUGGGAUCCAUACAAUGUUAUGAAAUUCACUACUGCUACCACCUUAAUCUCUUAUCGUAUAUUGUUCUUUAAGUAAAGGUUUCUCCAAGUUGUACAGUUUUAUUGGGUGGUACAGUAUAGUGUUAACAGUUGCUAAAGUUAGAUUUUAGUUGUCACAAUUGUAUUAUUUUGAAUGAAUUGAUCUGUAUUUUAAUUGUAAUUUUUUUCAUGCAUCUUUGUCAUUCAGAUAUUUAGUAUGCGGAUACCCAGCUCAUUUAUAUCACAGACUCGUGUUAUUGCAAGCAAAUUUAGGUUUUGAAAAGUGCCUGAUUUAUUUUAUUUUUAUAAUGAUUAUUUUGCUAUCCCUCUAAUAUAUUCAUAACUGUUUUGUUAGCUUGAUACCUGUAUUACUUAUAAACCUUAAUAUUUUUAUUCCAUCCUUAAAGGAUCCCCAUAACAAUAUAAUUGAUUAGUAGACACUGAGUUAUUUAUUUAGACAUAAAGCUCCAGUAAUUUAGGGUUUGCAUAGAACUUUCCCAAAAUUGCUUUGAAUAUUAAAGCGAGAGACCAGUGAAAUUAUACAUGUAGUGUGUUUGUAUCUUAAAUAUUUGAGUUUGCCCUACUAACCUCAUGGAAUAAUUGUUUUUUUUCUUCACCUGUUGUCUUUCCAUGACACUUCAUUUUAGAAAGUUUUAUAGCAUGUCAGUGCAGCAGUUUUUUUUUGCUGACAUGCUCAUUCACAGAUUUCUGCCACUUUAGUUCUAAGAUUUUAUAAGAAUUUCAGAAUCAGUAAAAUCUUGGUGCUGUAUUUAAAACCACAGAAUUUGCCACCCAUAAUUGCAGGGGAUGUGAAAUUAUAUAUAUUCAUAUAAUAUAGCCUUGUGAUUAACCGUUCCACUGUAGUUUUAAUGAGUGGUUUAUGCCUUAUGAUGGGGUUGAAUAAAUGAACAUGUUUAAUUGUUUAUAAUUGGUAUGAGUCAAUAUAAUGUAAACUGUGAUACCAUUUGUUAGGCAUUUAAUUGCUUACUGGUUAUUGCUCAUGCUCUAUUAAUUUAACUUUAUUGUUCGACAGUGCAGAAUUGAUGUUUCAAUUUUAGUUAAAUAAAAGGAUCCAUCAAUCUUUGACAUUUUUGUUUGAUCUGGGAAUAGAUUGAAUGGUUUUUUAGCACCACGAUUGCAAAGUUCUUCUUAUUUUAUUAUGAUUUAUUUUUACUUUUUACAGCUCCAGUCCCUGUCUCCUCAAGAACAUUCAGUGGUACUUUGGAAAUGUGUUUGUAUUAGCCCCCCUCUACAAUACUAUUUUUUUGGAACUUGCUUUUUAUUCCCUGUGACUUCUAAUGGUGUUUCCUUCUGGAUUUUCCAGUAAAAUUAUAUGUUAUACUAUAUAGAGAGGAAUUUAUAUAUUUGGUUGUAAGCUUUGUUAUCAGGGACUCCUGUUCACAUGUUCUUCAGCUGUUCAGUUUGUUAAGCCCUCGGCACAGAGAUGUAUAAAAUGUCAGAGGACCAUUUUUCUAUUAUUCUUUUUCUAUAAUAUGGUUUGAUUUCAUUGGAUGUGCUAAAGUUGUAAACCUUUUGGUAUAGAUUGUCCCAAUGGCAGGUCAAGCAAUAAAAUUAUAAAUUCUUGAAA